CUCAGUGGCAGUGCUUACCUAGCAUGCAAAAAGCCCUAGGUUCCAACCCUUGCACUGGAGAAACAAAAAUAUUUGAACAACACUCCCAAAAUAAAGUAGGAUAAUUAAUUCUGAUAUCCUCAUGGCCCAGAGUUUAACUAAAUCAUGAGCUGAUAGCAAGUCUUAUCUCUCAGGACAAGUCUUUCUGUGGCAGCUGAUGAGUUAUGAAUAAUCUUAUUAAGGAAACCUCGUGGCAUUAACUGCUGCACCCACUCAGCACUCUGCAGGGACUCUGGACGAUUCUUCCCACAUUAAGGAUUUAUUACCAACCCAAAAUGUAAUGAGUGCUUUGCAAACAUUGCUAUUAAUUGCAGCGAAUAUUUAGACUUGCCAUGUGCCAGUCUGUGCCAAACACAUCCUCUGAGGUUGAUGAUUUGCCCAUUUUACAGACAAAAAAGGAAUAUGUAGAGACUAGUAAAGGGGCCCCAACUCUAAUUCUGCCUGACACCAGUGUCCUCUUUAACCAUUAGAUUAUGUAUCUUUUUUUUUUUUUUUUUUUGAGGCAGGGUUUCACUAUGUAGUUCAGGCUGGCGUUGAACUUGCAGCUACCCUACUGCCUCAUCCUACCGAGUUGCUAGGAUGACAGGUGUGCACCAGCACGUCCAGCUGAAGUAAUAAAGGUUGUUUUGAAGUAAUAAAGGUUGAGUAAAUGAACUCAUGUCAGCCAGCUUUUCCAGGGUGGGUACCUACUGUUUCCCAAUUAUAGUAACAUAAACUUCAGAAAAAUCCACCAUACCCCUGUGACUGGUUCAUACCUGUUUUGAAACACGUAUCAGGCUGGGCAUGGUGAGGCAUGCCUGUAAUCCCAGCACUUAGGAGGCUGAGGCAGGAAGAUGGCCACAAGUUUGAGGCCAGCCUGGGCUACACAGUGCGAUCAAGGCCAACCUGAACUACAGAGCAAGACCCUGUCUCAAAAAAAAAGAAAAGACCUAUCAGGCUGUAUUGCAAUGAUUUGUUUACACACCUAGUUUUCCCUCUACUGAUUUCUUCAAGGCCAGAUAGUGUGUCUUAGUCAUUUUUUAUGUCCACAGGGAUUAGCCAUUUCCUGGCAAACAGCUGGGAUCCAAAACAGUUUAAGUGAAUGAAUGAAUGAAAGACCUCAGCAAGCCACUUCUUUCCAAUGCCUCCCCACACAGCAGAUCUCCAGCUCAUUUUUGGGUUGAAAGAUCAGCGGCUUCUACUUGCCGGCUCAGUUCUCUCAGCUCCUGAGAGGCCCCGCCGGGCCAGGCGGUAUUGUGGAGGGGAUGUGUCCAGAAGAGGGAGAGGAAGGCCCCAGCACGGCAGGUUAGAAAACAAGACUGAAGUUAUUCAUUAGCAGCUGAUGGGUCAAGGGUCGAGGCAAGGAGGCUGGAGGCAGAGUGGACUGAGCAGCCAGAGGAGAGAGCAGCUAAGGCACAGUCGACCUGCGAGCACCAGCUCCGCCUGCCUGAAGAUGUUCCACCAAGUCUGGGCGGCUCUGCUGUACCUCUGUGGCAUCCUUCUUAACUCCAUCUACCAGUGCCCUGAGCAUCCUCAGCCGACAGCUCUGGAGAUGGAUGAGAAAGAGUUCCCAGAGCCCCACCUGGGCCGAUGGUACUUCAUCGCCGGGGCAGCUCCCACCAAGGAGGAGUUGGCAACUUUUGAGUCUGUGGACAACAUUGUCUUUAACAUGGCUGCUGGCUCCGCCCCGAGGCAGCUCCAGCUUAGUGCCACCAUCCGCACGAAAAAUGGGUUCUGUGUGCCCCGGAAAUGGAUCUACCACCUCACUGAGGGGAGCACCGAUCUCAGAACUGAAGGCCGCCCUGACAUGAGGACUGAGCUCUUCUCCAGCCCAUGCCCAGGUGGAAUCAUGCUGAAAGAGAGGGGCCAGGGUUACCAGCGCUUUCUCCUCUACAAUCGCGCCCCACACCCUCCAGAGAAGUGUGUGGAAGAAUUCCGGUCCCUGACUUCCUGCCUGGACUCCAGAGCCUUCUUGCCGGUUCCCAGGAACCAAGAGCCCUGUGAGCUGUCCAGUCACUGACCUGGAACUUCAGCCAUGGCCCCAGGCAGCCACGGUGGGAGCUGAGCUGCUGACGGGAGGAAAACGGGAGACUCCUUUUAUGGAUAAUAAAGAUGAUUUUUCACUCCUCCC